ACCGCACCGGCUUUCCAACGCGUGGGUGCAUUUCCACAACUUCCAUCCACCCAGCACCACCCCACCAGAACACAAGUAGCACGCUCAGAUCACCACCACACAGACACACACAGACAAGAUGAUCAUCCCUGUGCGCUGCUUCUCCUGCGGCAAGGUGAUUGGCAACAAGUACAAGCGCUUUCUCGGCUUUGUGGAUGCAGAGUACGGCGAGAGCAAAGCGUUGGAUGAGGUUGGCCUGAAGCGGUAUUGCUGCCGUCGUAUGCUGCUGACACACGUGGAUCUCAUUGAGAAGCUCCUCGAGUACUCUGCCCUUGAGCAGCGCGACUGAACCAGCCACGAACAAACCCUUCCCCCCUCCCCCAGUUGUUGGAGUCAUCGUUUCCGCAUGAUGUCGGCGCGACUACCAUUUGUCCUGCAUCAGUCAUGUGUCAGCUGCGCCCUCCUCCAACCCACUGACAAACACACACACACACACACACACACACACACACACACACACACACACACACGCACAGACACAUAAUGUACAUUCUCCUGCCCCAUGCAAUCUCUCCCAAUCCGUACCUCACUCGCUCUUUUUCUGCAAUUCUUCCUCACCCCGCUUGAUACCCUCAGCGCGCGCGCUCCCAUGUUGACUUCCCGUCCACCCGUGUAAACGCUUGCUUGCUUGAUUCCCUUUUCUGUUGGCGUGUCACAUUACAUUUUGGCUUAAGACAACAUGAACCGAAACCCUCACGUCUACACAUACACAGCGACAAAGGGAAAUCAAAC